UGGCCCUGGCAGCGGGAGGCGGGCGCGGAUUGGCGGCGUGGCGCGGUGAGUGAAUGAACGGGGCGAGCAGCGCUGGGCAGCGACAGGAUCCCGGUGCGGCGACGCGGAGCGGCCCCGGGACCGCAGCGGCCAACCGGUGGAUUCGCGUCGGCCGCCACCGCCAGCGGCCGUGGCCAUGGGUACGCCAGCUUCGGUGGUGAGCGACCCUCCGGGGCGGGUAGCGCCCGCAGCCCGCUGCCGCAAGCGGGCCUCGGCCAACAUCUUCCAGGGCGUGGGGCUGCCGGAGCUGCGGAGCCUGUUCCGGAGCGGUGGGGCCGAGCUGCCCGAGGAGCGCGCCCGCCUCGUCUGGCGGUACGGGGACCAGCGGCGCAUGGCGAGGGCCCUGCGGCGGCUCCGGCGGCGGCCGGCCCAGCCCGGCGGCGGAAUAGCGGCACUGCGGCGCUUUAGUCACCUGCGGAUCGCAGAGAAGGGGCCAGAGGACAGAUGUGGGGCCGAGGCGCACCCGGGAUUCGCACAGCAGCACUAAGCAGCCAGUCCACGUAGGAGCAUGGCUGCUGGAGAGCAGGUGCUGGGAACAGCCAGGGUCUCCAAGGACACAAAGUGUACUGGACAGGGUGCAAUAGCUAAUAAAAGGUGGACAGUG